AUGGCAGCCACACCAUCAGCUCGCGAGGAAAAUGUCUACAUGGCAAAACUCGCCGAGCAAGCUGAACGUUAUGAAGAAAUGGUGGAGUACAUGGAGAAAGUCUCGGCCUCCAUCGAUAAUGAGGAACUUACCGUGGAAGAGCGGAACCUCCUCUCUGUGGCUUACAAAAACGUGAUUGGAGCUAGACGUGCUUCUUGGAGGAUUAUUUCCUCGAUCGAGCAGAAAGAGGAGAGUCGUGGUAACGAAGACCAUGUUUCUGUGAUCCGUGACUAUAGGGCUAAGAUUGAGACUGAACUGUCAUCGAUCUGUGACGGGAUCUUGAAGCUGCUCGACACGAGGUUGAUUCCAACGGCUUCUGCUGGUGAUUCGAAGGUGUUUUAUUUGAAAAUGAAGGGAGAUUAUCACAGGUAUUUAGCUGAGUUUAAAACUGGUGCUGAAAGGAAAGAGGCUGCUGAGAGUACUCUCACUGCUUACAAAUCUGCUCAGGAUAUUGCAAAUUCAGAACUCGCUCCCACUCACCCAAUCCGUCUAGGAUUGGCUCUUAAUUUCUCUGUGUUUUACUAUGAGAUUCUCAACUCUCCAGAUCGUGCUUGCAAUCUUGCCAAACAGGCUUUUGAUGAGGCAAUUGCUGAGCUGGAUACAUUGGGCGAGGAGUCAUACAAGGACAGCACUUUGAUCAUGCAACUUCUUCGUGACAAUCUUACACUUUGGACCUCUGACAUGCAGGACGAUGGUGCUGAUGAGAUUAAAGAAGCAGCACCCAAAACUGGUGAUGAACAGCAGUGA